CCGAACACUCGGUCUGGUCGCUUCGGUGCUCCUCUUCGCGCUAUCUCUCUUCUCUCUUUCUCUCUCUCUUAACUCUUUUUUCGUAUAUUUUUUUUCCCUCACUCUCCUCCGUUCUCUUAUCUCUCUGUUCUCGGUUGUUUAAAAAAAAAAUUAAUUUUUUGAAAAACUUAUAUUUUUUUUCACCCCCAUCGCCCGCGUUUUGUGUGCCGCCGCGGUUUUCUAAGACUGUUUUUUUUUUUUUUUGUCGUUCUUAAAUACUCGCUGUCGGGCCCUUCCUCGUCGCCCCCUUGACGACACGCCGUGAAUACUCGACACGUGAAUUUUUAUUUAUAAUUAAAUAAGUUUAUUUUAAUCUACUCGACCGGUGCCAAUCGGAUGACGGUUGGCCAUGCCCCGGUGCCUGAUGCCGAAGAAGUGGAAGACCGCUGUGGCCAACGAGUGCUCGUGGGUGUACGACGGGCGGCCGGUGUCGCCGACGAGUAACGGCGGCGCGCAACGAUGGGAACCGCCGGUGACCGUGAUCUUGCAACAUCACCAUCAGCCGCAGCCGCAGCCGCCGACGCCGCAUCACCAUCAAGCGUGGGCACCGUCGAGCCCGCCGGCCGGAGCCACCGCGCCGAGUCCGCCGCCUUGUUGCACCGGCACAGCUUUCCAUUACCUGACAGAGUAUGCGGGAAGCGUUAAAGCGGAAUACACGACAUUGACCGACACGCAGACACCGUCUUCGGCGGCCGCCUCCCAAGACUCGUCGGCCGGUCCGUCGCCGCCGCCGCCGUCUGCAGCCUCGCUGUUGUCCGUUUUCCAGUACCAGAGGCCGCGCACCUACACCAGUACGGGUGUGGCGUUGUCGCUGCCACCGAAGAAGAAGGACAUUUACCGGCCGUAUUCGCUGGACGACUACAAACCCAAAUGGCCCAGGCCGGAAGAGGACAUAAACGCGGCCCACGCGAUACUCGACCUGAGCGCGUCCACCCCGGCGGCCGCCGCCGCCCAACACCACCGCAGUAUUCCGGCGGUCGCGCCGCCGCCGCCGCCACCGGCACCGUCGCAACAACAACCGAGCAACCUCAAGGUCGAACAACUGAGCGACCUGAAGGCUGAACAGCUGAGCAACCUGAAGGCUGAACAACUCGAGCAGCCGGCCCAACAACAGCAAUGGACGGCCGCCGCACAACCGGCGUCCAACCGCGGGCCCACCGUAAAGACGGUGGCGUACACGUACGAGGCGUUCUUCGUUAGCGACGGCCGGUCCAAGCGCAAGUCUUCCGCGUCCGGCGACGAGUGCGCGGAGAUGAAGCCCAGCGCGGCCGAGCUCAAAGCCGCCAAGUACACGUGUUCCGACUGCGGCAAGCGGUACGCCACGUCGUCCAACCUGUCCCGGCACAGGCAGACGCACCGCAGCCUGGACUCUCAGUCGGCCAAGAGGUGCAACGUGUGCGGCAAGCCGUACGUCAGCAUGCCCGCGCUGGCCAUGCACCAGCUGACGCACAAGCUGACGCACGCGUGCGACAUUUGCGGCAAGAUGUUCAGCCGGCCGUGGCUGCUGCAGGGCCACCUGCGGUCGCACACCGGCGAAAAACCGUACGGGUGCGCGCACUGCGGCAAAGCGUUCGCCGACCGGUCCAACUUGCGCGCGCACAUGCAGACCCAUUCGGGCGACAAGAACUACGCGUGUCCGCGGUGCUUCAAGACGUUCGCCCUCAAAUCGUACCUCAACAAGCACCUGGAGUCGACGUGCCUGCCGGCGGUGUCCACGGACGCGUCGUCCACGGUCGCGCAACCACAGCCUGUGGCCGUUCAACAGCCUCACCAUCUCCACCACGCCGCCGCCCCGUCCGAAAUCACCAGUCUCAACCUCCUGCGCCCCACCGUAUUACACACAGUUUAAAUACUCAACGCAAACAUAUCCUCCACGUUCCUCCGCGUCUCAACACACAAUUGUCAACAAAAAACAAUACUUGGAUUUUGGAUUUGUUUUUUUUUUAAUAACUAUUCUGGUCGAUUAAAAUAUAGUCAAUUUUGCAACUAAGUCUUCAACGGAGGUAAAAAAAAAUCUAGUUCAUUAAUUUUAAAUUAUAUACCAUUUUUUGUCGUUAGGUCGAAUAAUAAUAACUUUUGAUUGUACACAAAAAAAAAAACCACACACCAACCGGACGCUAGUCACGAUUUCUAGUCAAUUGCAGGUCAACAGAAAGAAAGAAAAUGUUCCAUAUAUAUAUAUAUAUAUA